GCCAACUCAUCAAAGAAACCCAAAACCCCAAAAUCUCUCCUUCACCUACCAUUAAUCCCUGAUCAACAGAAGAAUCAGCGGUGCUUCAAAGGAUCAACCGGCUAUAAAUAAAUCUCUCCCUCUUUCCAUGGCUACUGCUGCUUCAUCUCUCACUUUCUCCACUUCCCUGCCUAAACUGUGCAGACCCUUUUCCAUUUCAAUAACCCAUCUACCUCAGGUAUCGUUGAAUUUCAAGAAACUCAAUUGCUCGAUCAGUUCUGCUUUAAAGAUAUCAAGAAGAACAGCAACAACAACAACAACAACAAAGGCAUCGUCCAUGGCUUCUUCUGGGAUCACCACCGUUGACCAGAAAAACAAGAAGGUUGUGGAAGUGUUUGAUACAGAAGAGGAACUGGCUGUGUCUCUUGCAAAAUACACAGCUGAUUUAUCUGAUAAAUUUGCCAAAGAAAGAGGGUCUUUCACUGUUGUUGUGUCUGGUGGUUCUCUCAUCAAGUCCCUCAGGAAAUUAGUGGAGGCACCUUAUGUGGAUUCAAUAGAUUGGUCGAAAUGGCAUGUCUUUUGGGUGGAUGAGAGAGUUGUUCCUAAAGAUCAUCCAGACAGUAACUACAAACUUGCUUUUGAUGGUUUUCUUUCAAAGGUACCAAUUCCCCCUGGUAAUGUCUAUGCCAUCAACGAUGCACUGUCCGCUGAGGGUGCUGCCGAUGAUUAUGAAACUUGUCUCAAACAUUUGGUUCAUACUGGUGUGAUAAAUAAAUCUUCAGUGAGUGGGUUCCCAAAGUUCGAUCUCAUGCUUGUGGGCAUGGGCCCAGAUGGACAUGUAGCCUCUCUGUUCCCUGGCCACCCACUCCUCAAGGAAAAUCAGAAAUGGGUUACUCACAUCACAGAUUCCCCAAAACCACCCCCCGGGAGAAUUACAUUUACCUUCCCUGUCAUCAAUUCAUCUUCAUAUAUCGCUCUUGUGGUAUGCGGUGCUGGUAAAGCUAGCGUAGUGCAGACAGCAUUGGGAAAGAGUCAAAACUCUGACGUGUUUCCUGUUCAAAUGGUUUCACCUGAAGGGGAGUUGAAGUGGUUUUUGGACAGAGAUGCAGCUUCAAAGCUGUAGGAGCGCAAUUGUAGCCUUACAAGUUCAUCCAAAUUAGAGUUACUAGUAGCAUGGUUGUUUUCUGCUGCAUUGUUGAUCAGUAGAUGUGCCACUCGAUGAUGUAAUCUCAGUGAUAGUUGAGGAUUGAGUUUUCUUCUUGUAUUUGAUCAAUGGAAAGACUUGUGUUAUACGGAAUGUCAUUAAGUAGCAUUUUUAAAGAGAA